AAGUUGCGGACGGCUGCCGCGACGACAUGCGACCGUGCUAGCCCGCGCGCCCUUCAGCUUGAGGCAGGCUGUCCGUAGCGCCGCAGCAGAGAUGACGAGCUGGGUGCACUCCAUCUACGUGCCGCCGCCUCCGCCGGACGUCUACCAUGAGCUCUGUCCGGUCAGCAACAACCGCCAGAUGCGGAACAAGGCGGAGAAGCAGCGGAGGGACAAGUUGAACAGCUUGAUCACCGAGCUGGCGCACCUGGUGCCCAUGGUGGCGCAGUCGCCGCGCCGCAUGGACAAGACCUCCAUCCUGCGCCUCAGCGCCACCUUCCUACGCAUGUACCGCUGCCUGCCGCUGAAGCCUGGCGAGAUCCACGAGCCCUUUCUGCCCUUCCUGGAAACGCUGAAGGUGUCGCAAGUACUGCUAGAUUUCCUGCAAGGCAUGGAGGGCUUCAUGCUGGUGGUGACCGGCGCGGGCAAGAUCGUCUUCGUCACGCACACCGUCGAGAAGCUGCUGGGCCACACCCAGAACGACCUGCUGGGACAGUCGCUGUACAACAUCACGCGGCCGGAGGACCACGAGGAGCUGCGGCGUAACAUCGAGACGGCUCCCAGCGACGGCCGCGCCUCUUCCGCCGCUUCCGGCUGUUCGCCAGCGCUGACGUCCGACGAGAGCAGCUGUGAGGACGGCGCGGCCGGCGGCUCGACGCCCAGCAGCUCGCCGUCGGCGUCGCGACCCGGCACGUCGGCGUCCACGGCGUCGGUGGGCUCGUCCUGCGACGGCGGCCGCGCCGGCCUGGGCGGCCUCUUCGGCUCCGCGGGCGCCGCCGAGCACCACCGGCGCUCCUUCUACAUUCACCUGGCGCAGCGCGCCGGCGGCCGCGCGGCCGGCUCUGGCGCCGCCACUGCGGGCGCCGGCGGAGGCGGCGGCGGCGGGGGCGGCGGCGGGGGCGGCGCGGCCGGCCAGGGCGCCGAGCAGACGACGUACGAACUGGUUCACUUCCUCGGCUACCUGCAGGUCCCGCGGUCCCACGAGCCGCCGCCCGCCACGCACCGCCCGCGCCGACACCGCGACACAGUUCCAAGUAGCAACAGUGACAAUGUCCUGGUUGCUGUCGUCCAACUGUUCCGGGAGAAAAAAGUCAUGGAGUUAUCUCUCCUGGAGGCAACACUGGAUGAGUACCAAACGAGGCAUCUAAAAGAUGGCAGUAUUGUGUAUUCAGAUCACAGAAUAUCUGUUGUGGCCGGAUAUCUGGCAGAUGAGGUUCAUGGCCGCAAUGCAUUCACAUUCAUGCAUCAGGAUGACAUGGCAUAUGCCUUAAUAGCCCUUCAGCAGAUGUUUGACAAGAAUGAGCCCUUUGGCAGUUCCACUUACAGGCUCGUUACAAAAAAUGGGCAAUACAUUUAUAUGAGAACAAGAGGCUAUUUAGAGUUUGCCCAUGGAUCAAAAGAUGUGGAGACAUUUUUGUGCAUUAACACACUUCUUUCGAAAGAAGAAGGUGAAGAUGGGCUGCGGGAGAUGAAGCAGCGCUUCUCUGCUUAUGUCUCUGCACUGAGAGCUGCUGGAGCUGACUUGUCCUUGGCUGGCAUUGCUGCUGCUAUGAGUGCUGCACCGCCCCCACCCCGCAUGGUGAAAGGUUCCGAGCUUCCCAAACUGCCACCCCCACCCCCACCACCAUCUUUACAACCAUCAUCACCAUCACCAUCAGCACUGCCACCACCACGACCACCACCACCACCACCACCACCACCGCUACCACAACCACCUGCAGCAAUCACGUCAUUGUCAUCGCCUGAGAUUAUGACUAAUUCAACUCUCUGUGAAGUGUCUCCGCCCUUCACAGCAAUGGUGACGGAGAGUACAGCUAGCUCAGAGCAGAGUGCAGAUGUCUUUAGCAAUGUUUCACGCUCAGAAGCUGCAGCAAGCAAAUACAGAAACCAAGCACCAACAGCAGCUUCCAGAUCACCUACAGUGGAUCCAUAUCUUCCAGCAGCAAGACCUCGUGCAGUUUCUGAAGGAGAUGACACUACUGGAUUCAGUUUACAGAAUUUUGUAAAUCUCUUCAAGGUGCCUGAAGAGGAAGAAAAUAGUGUUGAAGUUCAGCUGUCACCUCUUGCCAAUAGUACCGGCAUUACCGCAGACUUAGAAGAAAAAGAACGGCUCAGAAAUCCACUUUCUCCUUCAUCACCUCCAUCGAGGCACCCAUACACCGCUGCCCAGAGGAUUAGGGCAGCAUCAGAAAGUGAACUACAGACUGCCAAUAGUGGAUCGACCUUUAUUCAGUCAGAUCCUGCGAGCAGAGGGGGCAACUGGCAGUUUCCGAGGCCCGGAGACAUGCCUCAUUCGGGAACUACGGAGAGAAGGCCCCCAGAAAGACCGACGGUUAUUACCGGACGGUGCUGUGCUGGAUCUGAGAGGAUGAAGUGCAGUAGAUUGUCAGUUAUGUCAGUCACAGGAGAUGAAAAGAGGAUUACCAGUGUGCGUGGUGAAGUUACUGUGUUAAAAAGGACUAUGAGUGCAGAUGUAGAAAAUCCGAGCACUACAAAGAAACUGAAUGUUGGACCCCGGUACUGUAGGCAGCGGCACAGAGUUGAGCAUCCUCCUACGGAAGCUCUGAGUGUGGAAGUAAAUACACUUCCACCCGAUGAACUGCAGCAUAUGAUAUUGUCGAGGGACAGUGGCAUGUACAAUUCACAGCCGACAGUUCUCGUAUCACAGCACAGCCUGUUUCGGACAUCACAGCCAGCACUUCAGACUGUGACACAAAAUGUGCCUGCAUCUUCUUUGAGCCCCCCUCAACUAGCCGAAAUGCAGAGCACGUCUGUUACACCACCAUCGUUUGUUAUGGAAGAACCUAGUGGCCUGCCUCUUGUGAACUUAAGUGAUGCCAACACAUUGUCAGUUGGUUGCCAGGAUCCUCUUAUCAGCCCUGAUCAUGGAGACAGUGACUCAUUUUCAUCUCUAGGAUUACCUGAUCCAGAGAAUAACCCAGAGGUCUUAGACCUGUUAGAAGCAUCUGAACUGAAGCUAAAUUUUGACACAUUGCAAGAGGUGCGCAGUAGCAACGAACCAGAAGCACCUUCCGGACCGGAGACUGCAGUCACUCUGGAGCGCUUUCUGGCACGCAAACACCUACAACUCGAGUCGUGCAUGCAGCGACAGGAAACACAGAUGCACUGCAUCGAGCACGACCUGACUCAGCUCCCAUUGGCAGACCAUGUGUUCCGCUCAAACCUCACACAACUGCAGGCAAGUGGCCCGAUACAUGCCAGGAAGGAAGAGAGACAAGCUUCAAAAUUACACAUUCCUGUCCUCACACCUAUAUUUAUGAGGAACAACAUAAGAAGCACCAGAUACUGCUGAACAACCUCAAAGAAGACCGUUAUAAUAUACAUAGUAAUAAAAUCAAAAUUUGUAAUGUUAAGCAAGAUAUUGGUGUGUGAAGCAUAAUAGAUAUCACAAACCACACUGGAAUCAUGGGUGGAUGGUGAAAUUUGUGAAUUUUUUUAUGCAUACAUCAGAGUAAAUAAUAGUUUAUACACAGUUUAUGAUUUCAAGGAAGUGAUUCUAAACACUCAGGGAUUUCUGUGUAGUUAAGAAGGAAAGUUUGGUUGAUAUUGGCCAGUUUUUGCAACAUUGUUUUGUAGGCAACAUGUAUGACAAUUGAACGUAUAAAAACUUAUAACUUUAAAUUCUGUACAGCCUUAAAUUCAAACAUGAGCUGGAUUCAUCAUGAUAAUGCAAAUACUUUGAAAAAUGAAACUCCAUGUUCUGGAAAUGCAUAAACGAGGUACAUCCGUUUCAAAAUUUUAGUAAGCAUUACAUGCCAUGAUAUUUUUAUUCGGGGGAACACAUCUGGGGCCACAAAUUUGAUUAUUGCUUCCUCUUUCUACUAUCUUUCGUCCCUGAGUAGGUAGUACAUUGACUUCAUUUUUAUAGAAAAGGCUAAAAUGUUUACAAAAAGUAUCAGCUCAGUAUUUUUGAAGUAAGUGGGCUUUGUAAUCCCACAUUGACUGCAUACUUGACUGACACUGAACAUUUAUUAAAAUGAGUUGACUUAAUAUACAUACAUUGGAUAUAAGUAACUUGUUAUAGUUUAUUAGUAACAACCUAACCCAAAAAGGAGAAAAGGGAAAUAACAUUAUAUCAUUAUAUAUCUGCUCAAUGUCAUUACUUACUAUAUAGCACAGCUUAUCUCCUCUAUCUUUGCAAGAGGAAAGAACUGGUGCAAAAGACUUUGCAUUUUUAUGUUAUUUUUGUAGUAUGGAAUUUUGUACUUUGCAUAAAUGUUUUAGUUUUGGGAAUUACCUUUUUACUCUCAUGUAUGCAUUAGAAUGAAACAUCUUUGUACCUGACUUGAAUUUUCUCAUACAUUGUAGACUGUUAAAAGCGAACUGAAAUUUUUGGUGUUAUUUCACCAACCAUCCGACUGAAUAUUUCAUAUAUAAAUUAAGACAGCACUAUGCGCAAUAUAUUCCACAAUUUAUAUAUUUCGAUACACAUGUUUAGAACCAUUCAGUCUGUCCAUAUAAUCAUCAGAUCUCAAUUUGAAGAACUCACUUAAAACCAUGUUCCUGUCAUGUUUCCCUUGUUACUGUCCUGAGGAAAAUUCUUUUAGCAUUGUGCACUGAGGUACUGAGUUUUAUGUUAUACCCAAUGACAUGUAAAUGAUAUAUUUGUUAAAAAUAAUUUGUGUAUCAUUGAGAGAAUCAACUAGUCAGUGUGAAAGUACUUUGUAAUGCAGAAACAGAAAAGUCAAUGAAGUGCCUUCUGAUUGCAGAA